AUGCCUUCAACCGAGUAUCGCCGACUCUCGACGUCCAGGGACGAUGACCUGGACGAUAUCUCUUCCGCAAUUCAGGAGAAGUAUGUCCCGCCAAAGAAGAGGAAUUCUCUUCUCUUUCGCGCUUCAGCAGUGCUGGCUGCCGUUCUGGGGCUAGGUGUCUACACCGCGGCGGUGCUGUACUAUGCCCAGGAGUACAUUCACAAGCCGUACUGUCCGCGGUUUGCGGCAAAUGAUACGGUUCACUUGUGGGACAAAGUUGGAUACAAGCCCAUGUCCUUCGAUCCAGCCACGCCGCACCACUCCGACUCCUUCCUCGGCAAUCCAAGCGCGGAACUCGACGCCAACUGGCGCAAGUUGCUUUUGACCUUUUCGAGCCGGCUCCCCGAUACCGAAGCACAAAGGCUGGGUCCCAACUCGGACGCCAUCCCUUUCGAUGACGGCAAGGGCGGUUUCGUCGGCGGCAUCGCCGUAGUACACAACAUGCACUGUAUCAACUACAUCUACCAGACUAUAAACGGGGACUACUACUUCCCCAACAUCACCGAGGGGCAGAAGAAGAAACAAAAAAGCCACCUCUCACACUGCCUCUACCACCUCAUGUCCUCGGCCAAGUGCCAGGCCGACAUGACGCCGGUGCUGCUGCACUGGACGGUGGACGACCACGUCCCGGUCCUGAAAUGGGACGGCGUGCAGCGGUCCUGCGUCGACUGGGAGAGCUUGAUGAAAUGGGGGGAUGAGCACUCGAUGACGCACUCUGAGACGAUGCCGUCGGUUUCUAAAAUGAAACACCCCAUCUACGGUCACUUCGUCGAUGAGCGCGGCAGGUUCAUCCUCGCCAACGCCGAGGGGGUGGUGGACUUUGAGGAGUUCUCGCAGAGACCGGACUACCAGCAGUGGGCGAGGGAGCAGGGCAUGGGGGCGGGCAAAGAGGACGCGGAGCGAUUUUUGGAAGAGUUUGCUAGGAAGCAGAACGAGCAUAAAAUAAAGGAGAACAACGUUGAACAGAAAUCAGGCCAUGAGGCCAUCUGCAAACUAGAUUCCCAUGCACCGGAGCGGAGUGUCACUCGUUUCGACAAAUACCCACCAGCUUCCGAGUCAUGGCAGCCAAAAUCUGGAAUUCUGGGCACUAGGAUACACCGCUCUCAUGUCCACGAACAGCAGGUUUCCCCGCCCCAGCCUCUACCAGAUCUCUCCCCGUACGCUCCAGCUCGGGAAAGCUCCAUUUGUCAACUCUCCGGAGAGUCGCUGAGCUCUCACUCCUCCGAAUCGACUGUGCAAACUGCCACAGGCCCUACCGCCAUCUCCAUCCUUAUCUCCCUCCUGCGCCUUUCCACCAUCCCACAAUCCAUAUUCACAAUGCCCACGCCUCCAAUAAUGCCCUCCCGCGAGGACAGCACCGCGCGGUCAUCCUCCGACUACGAGGAGAAACACGGCCUGCUUGAAGGCGUCGUAUCCAGCCCCCUAUCCGGUGCGUCGCCACGCAUCCGCUGGGCCGUGAUACUGCUGGCACUGUCCAACGCCGUCUCCCUAUGUGCGCUGUUGUACGCCGCGGUGAGGCCACAGCCCGUGCCGACCACGGUGGUAUACCCGCCUCAGCCUGAUUGGUUCCCUCCACAGAUCCCCGUGAAGAAAGUCUUCCAGAGCGAGCCGGUGUUCGGGCAGGAGCCGAAUGAUGAGAGUAUCGCGGCGUGGAACUCGCUUUUGCCAAAGGGCCGCGGCUGGGUUCACAUGCUCAAUAAGACAGCUCUCCCCGACAUGCCGGGCCUGAACCAGUCGCUGCCAGAGCACAUCGCGCUGCCAUCGGUAUACCACCAGCUUCACUGUCUCUACAGCACGAUGCGCAGCUACUACGACCUCCUGGACUACAUCAACAACCCGCACCAGAGUCGUGAGCUCCCCACCGACCCGGGCUGGAACAAGGAGCACCUGAACCACUGCUGGGACUACCUGCGGCAGAACAUCAUGUGCGCGGCGGACGUGACGCUGGAAUGGCAUCGGUGGAACGAAAAGGUCGAGACGGGCUGGGGGUACGAGCAUCAGUGUAAGGACUGGGACGCGCUGACGGAAUGGGUGCUGGAGAGACGGACGUCCAACAACUGGGGCUUGCUGAGGGGGGAGGGCGAGAGGAUUCCGCUGAAGGAGGGCUCGUAG